AAGGAAGGAAGCAGGACGAAAACUUUAAGAGGAGAGAGAAAAAAAAAACGCUACGUGUUACAAAUCAAACACAGCUAUGUAUACGGAAGAGAUAGCUAAGACAGAUUUUUUUUUUUUAAAAAUGCGUACAAUUACUCUAUAACUUUCCCAAACAACACAAAACACCCAACUCCAAACUCAUUAUUACUAAGGGGGAGAAUUUUUUUUUUAUUUUUUUUGUGAGAUUGGAAAAAAUGGAGGAAUUGGAAAAGAAUAAUAUUACUAGUAUCAAGGAAGAAGAAGCAGAAGAAGAAAUUGAUAAUAGUUUUGUACCUGUUUAUCACUCUUUUUCUUUAAAAAAUUCUCAUUCUCAAGUUCUUUCUGGUGGUGGUGGUGGUGAUUAUUUGUCGAUUUUAGAAUCCAAAGAUGGCGAUUUUCUUCUCUCUCCUACCGGAGCUCAGGUGAAAGUUUCGGAACUUGAGGGAAAAGUUGUUGGCCUUUACUUUUCAGCUAACUGGUAUUCACCAUGUACGAAGUUUACAAACCUGCUAGUCAAUGUGUACCAGCAGCUUAAGGAAUGCAGCAAUAUCAAUCUCGGUUUCGAAAUCGUGUUUGUUUCGUCUGAUGAAGACUUAAAUGCCUUCAAUACUUAUAGGUCAUCAAUGCCUUGGCUUGCAAUUCCUUUCUCUGACUUGGAAACAAGGAGAGCCCUUACCCAAAAAUUUGAUGUCGAAGGUAUCCCUUGUUUGAUAAUUCUACAACCUAACGAUAACAUAUUAGACGCUGCAGUUAUUAAAGACGGAGUUGAACUCGUGUAUCGAUAUGGAGUGCAAGCUUUUCCGUUUACCAAAGAAAGGUUGGACGAGUUACGAGAGAAGGAGAAAGAGAAACACGACAACCAAACCUUGAGCAAUUUGCUAAUACACGAUGCCAGAGAUGUUCUUUUGGGACAUCCUAGUCCUAAACAAGUGCCUGUUGGUACUUUAAAGGGGAAAACAGUUGGACUCUAUUUCUCAGCACAAUGGUGCAUUCCUGCGAAAAAAUUUAUGCCGAGGUUAAUUUCAGUCUACAAAAAGAUUAAGCAGCAGCUAGAGGGAAAGGCGGAUGAAGAUUUCGAGAUAGUAUUUGUAUCAAGUGACCAUAACCAAGUGGAGUUCGCGUCGUAUUUUGAGACCAUGCCGUGGCUAGCAAUCCCAUUUGAUGAUCCAACAAUCAAAGCUCUAGCUAAGUAUUUUGAUAUCCGAGGGAUUCCAAGCCUAGUGGUAUUGGGCCCUGAUGGUAAAACGGUGACCAAACAAGGUAGGAGCCUCAUCAACUUGUAUAAAGAGAACGCUUACCCAUUCACAAAGACCAGAGUAGGCAUAUUAGAGAAGCAAAUGGAUGAAAUAGCAAAAGGCCUUCCGAAGACUGAAAAUCAUUCGGGCCAUAAGCACGAGCUCACUUUAGUACCAGAAGGCCAUGGAGGUGGAGCUUUUAUCUGUUGUGAUUGUGAUGAACAGGGCUAUGGAUGGGCUUAUCAAUGCCUUGAGUGUGGCUAUGAGGUACACCCCAAGUGUGUGAAACCCGUGCGCCGUGACCCAGACAGCUAAGUUAUUGGGCUGAUCUUAGGUUCUUACAUGUUUAGAGAUAAAUACCAUAUGUAUAAUUGGGUAUAAUGUGUGACUUAUUGACUGACAGGUUAUUGUGAAUUUUUAAUGGGCCUCUGUUUAUGGUUUUCACAACUUGUAGUUGUUGAUUUGAGCAGUCAUCAGAUAUGAGCCCAUGGAAAAAUCAUAGAUGUACAUAAAAAUGUUCUGUUACACACUAGGAUGAGUCACUAUCAUUAUUUCUGCAA